AUGAAGAUUUUGAAAGGUAUAUUAUUAAAAAAACGCAGUGAAUUGAAAAAAAAAUCAAUUAUCUCUGCAAAUAUUAAUGGAACAACUGAUACGUCAUUAGAUAAUCCAGUUAUUGGCAAUGUUACUAAUAUAACACAACUGUCUGUUCAAGAGCCGAUUAAUAUUUGGUCGCCAAUUUCUAGUAAUUAUGCAACUGAAGAUCAACUUAAACAACAUUUAAUUGACUUAAUUGAUGAUUGGUGUAUGCAAUUGAAAGAAAACGAAAAUCAAUUUGCCUUUCGUCUACAACAAGAUACCGAUUACGAAAUUAUGAUCGAUCUUGUAUCAAAUAAGAUGUUGAUCAAAUGUCAAUGUAGUGUGAAAACGGUGUUAGGUCAAAAAAGCAACAGAUAUAUCCUGUCGAAUUUCAUUCGUCAUUUAACACAAAAAAAACCAUGUGCUAUGGUUCAACAAAAACUAAUGAAUAUUAAUCAGAAUACAAGUGUCAAUGAUGUUUCUGAUGAUAAUCAUAUUAGCGAUUCUGUUGAUGUGGAAUUAACUAUCAUGUCAAAUUCAGUUUCACCUGUUUCUCCAUUACGUGGCAAAAGAAAACGAAAUCGAUCAGUCGAAUUGUCAUUAUCAAAGAAAAAGAAGAGUAUUUAA